AUGGACGUCGGUGUGUCGGAGGAAGUGAUGGAGAAGGCGCGGAAGUGGCGAGCGCUGAACGCGAAGCGGUACGGCGCGCGGCGCAAGUUUGGGUACCAGGAACCGCCGAAGGAGGAGAUGCCGCCGGAGCACGUGCGGAAGAUUAUCAAGGAUCACGGCGACAUGUCGAGCCGAAAGUUUCGACACGAUAAGAGGGUGUACUUGGGAGCGUUGAAAUUCGUGCCGCACGCGGUGUAUAAACUGUUGGAGAACAUGCCGAUGCCGUGGGAACAGGUGCGGCACUGCGAGGUGAUUUACCACAUCACGGGGGCGAUUACGUUUGUGAACGAGACGCCGAGGGUGAUCGAGCCGGUGUUCAUCGCGCAGUGGGGGACGAUGUGGAUCAUGAUGCGACGGGAGAAGAGGGAUAGGAAACAUUUUAAGCGCAUGCGGUUUCCACCGUUUGACGACGAAGAACCGCCGUUGGAUUACGCCGACAACUUGCUCGACGUGGACCCGCUGGAGGCGAUCGCGCUGGAGUUAGACGAAGAGGAAGACGGCGCGGUGGCGGAGUGGUUCUACGAUCAUAACCCGCUGAAGUGGACGAAAUUCGUCAACGGACCGAGUUACCGCAAGUGGCAGUUGCCGCUACCGGUGAUGGCGAACCUGCACAGACUGUCGUCGCAGCUCCUGAGCGACUUGACGGAUAAAAAUUACUUUUACCUCUUUGAUCACAAAUCUUUCUUCACCGCCAAGGCUUUGGGCAUGUGCAUCCCGGGUGGACCAAAGUUUGAGCCGUUAUUUCGAGACAUGGAUCGCGCGGACGAGGAUUGGAAUGAGUUCAACGACAUCAACAAGCUCAUCAUUCGCAGCGCGCUGCGCACCGAGUACAAGGUGGCGUUUCCGUACUUGUACAACAACCGGCCGCGCAAAGUGUCGCUCGCGGUGUAUCACACGCCCAUGGUGAUGUUCAUCAAGACGGAAGAUCCCGAUUUACCGGCGUAUUACUACGACCCAUUGAUUCAUCCGAUUGCGUUUUAUAGGUCAAACAAGCAGAAGACGACGCCGCGAGAAGAAGACGACGGCGAGGACGACUUUCAGUUGCCGGAUGGUAUCGAGCCGUUUUUAGAAGACACCCCGCUUUACACGGACAACACUGCGGGUGGGAUCGCACUUCUCUAUGCACCUCGACCGUUCAACCUGAGGAGCGGGAAGACGCGUCGCGCGAUGGACGUGCCCUUGGUGAACAACUGGUUUCACGAGCACUGCCCGUCGGGCUACCCGGUCAAGGUUCGCGUGUCGUAUCAAAAGCUGUUGAAAGGUUUCGUGUUGAACCAAUUGCAUAAGCGCCCGCCGAAGCCGAUGAAGCGCCGAAACUUGUUCGUCGCGCUGAAGAAGACGAAAUUCUUCCAGUGCACCGAGCUCGACUGGGUCGAAGUCGGUUUGCAAGUGUGUAGGCAAGGUUACAACAUGCUCAAUCUCUUGAUUCAUCGAAAGAACUUGAACUACUUGCACUUGGACUACAACUUCAACUUGAAGCCCGUGAAAACGCUGACGACAAAGGAGCGUAAGAAGAGUCGAUUUGGGAACGCGUUCCACCUCUGCCGCGAAGUCUUGCGUCUCACCAAGCUCGUGGUGGAUUCCAACGUGCAGUUCCGUCUCGGUAACAUCGACGCGUAUCAACUCGCCGAUGGAUUGCAAUACGUGUUCUCGCACGUCGGUCAAUUGACUGGGAUGUACAGAUACAAAUACAAGCUCAUGCGUCAGAUUAGAAUGUGCAAGGAUCUCAAGCACCUGAUUUACUAUCGUUUCAAUACGGGUCCGGUGGGUAAAGGGCCGGGCGUGGGCUUCUGGGCCCCCAUGUGGCGCGUGUGGCUCUUCUUCUUGCGCGGCAUUGUGCCUUUACUCGAACGAUGGCUCGGCAACUUGCUCGCGCGUCAAUUUGAAGGUCGUAACAACAAGGGCAUCGCCAAGACUGUGACGAAGCAACGCAUCGAGUCGCACUUUGAUCUUGAAUUACGCGCAGCCGUGAUGCACGACAUCUUAGAUUCCAUGCCAGAGGGCGUCAAGCAAAACAAAGCUCGCACGAUUCUCGCGCAUCUUUCAGAGGCGUGGAGAUGCUUCAAGGCGAACAUCCCGUGGAAGGUUCCGGGCAUGCCGACACCUAUAGAAAACAUGAUCUUGAGAUACGUCAAGAGCAAAGCUGAUUGGUGGACCAACGUCGCGCACUACAACCGCGAGCGCAUUCGCCGCGGCGCGACAGUGGACAAGACGGUGUGCCGCAAGAAUCUCGGCCGUUUGACGCGUUUAUACUUGAAAGCGGAACAAGAGCGACAGCACAACUACCUGAAAGACGGUCCUUACGUCACUCCAGAAGAAGCAGUCGCCAUUUACACCACCACGGUGCACUGGCUUGAAUCUCGCAGAUUCUCGCCGAUUCCUUUCCCGCCGUUGUCGUACAAGCACGAUCGCAAGCUGCUCAUCUUGGCGCUCGAGCGUUUGAAAGAGAACUACUCAGUGAACGCUCGCUUGAAUCAAAAUCAGCGUGAAGAGCUCGGCUUAAUUGAGCAAGCCUUCGACAACCCGCACGAGGCGCUCAGCCGAAUCAAGCGUCACUUGCUAACUCAACGCGCGUUCAAGGAGGUGAACAUCGAGUUCAUGGAUUUGUACUCUCACUUGAUACCGGUGUACGAAAUCGAACCUUUGGAAAAGAUUUCUGACGCGUAUCUCGAUCAGUACAUCUGGUACGAAGCGGACAAACGCCAACUGUUCCCCAACUGGAUCAAGCCUUCAGACACCGAGCCGGCGCCGCUCUUGGUGUACAAGUGGUGCCAAGGCAUCAACAACUUGACGGAUGUUUGGGACACGAACGAGGGCGAAUGUGUGGUAAUGUUGCAAACGCGCUUCGAGAAAAUGUUUGAAAAGGUUGACCUCACCCUGCUCAACCGUUUGAUGCGUUUGAUUGUCGAUCACAACAUCGCUGAUUAUUGCACGGCAAAGAACAACGUGGUGAUUUCAUACAAGGACAUGAGUCACACGAACAGCUACGGUAUGAUCCGUGGCUUGCAAUUCGCAUCGUUCAUGACGCAGUACUACGGUUUAGUUUUAGAUUUGUUGCUGCUCGGCUUAACUCGCGCCUCAGAGAUUGCUGGUCCGGCGAACAUGCCGAAUGAAUUCAUUUCAUAUCGAGACGUGGAGACAGAGACGCGACACCCGAUUCGUUUGUACUCUCGUUACAUCGAUCGAGUGCACGUUCUGUUCAGAUUCACCGCUGAUGAGUCAAAAGACUUGAUUCAGCGUUAUCUCACCGAGCAUCCCGAUCCAAACAACGAAAACAUGGUUGGUUACAACAACAAGAAGUGCUGGCCUCGCGAUGCGCGCAUGCGCUUGAUGAAGCACGACGUCAACUUGGGUCGCGCAGUAUUCUGGGAUAUCAAAAACCGUCUUCCGCGCUCGUUAACGACGUUGGAAUGGGAUAAUGGUUUCGUCAGCGUGUACUCUCGCGACAACCCCAACUUGCUCUUUGCCAUGAGCGGCUUUGAAGUGCGUAUUUUGCCAAAGAUUCGCAUGGCGACUGAGUACUUUGCCAACAAGGACGGCGUCUGGAACUUGCACAACGAGCAAACCAAGGAGCGAACGGCGCAGGCAUUCUUGCGUGUCGAUGAUGAAGCGCUUAAGUCAUUCGAAAACCGUAUCCGGCAAGUGCUCAUGUCAUCCGGUGCGACGACGUUUUCCAAGAUUGUCAACAAGUGGAACACGGCACUCAUCGGCUUGAUGACGUACUACCGAGAGGCAACAAUUCACACCUCGGAGUUGCUUGAUUUGUUGGUGAAGUGUGAGAAUAAGAUUCAGACUCGCGUGAAAAUUGGUUUGAAUUCGAAGAUGCCGAGCCGUUUCCCGCCGUGCGUGUUCGCCGCACCGAAAGAAAUCGGUGGUUUGGGUAUGCUCUCGAUGGGUCACAUUCUCAUCCCCCAGAGCGACUUGCGGUACAGCGUGCAGACCGACUCUGGCAUCACGCACUUCCGCUCGGGAAUGACGCACGAAGAAGAUCAACUCAUUCCGAACCUGUUCCGCUACAUCCAACCUUGGGAGGCUGAAUUUAACGAUUCCCAACGCGUGUGGGCUGAGUACGCGUUGAAGCGUCAAGAAGCGCAGGCGCAGAAUCGUCGUCUCACAUUGGAGGACUUGGAAGACUCGUGGGAUCGCGGUAUUCCGCGCAUCAACACCUUGUUCCAAAAGGAUCGACACACGCUCGCGUACGAUAAGGGUUGGCGCGUGCGAUUGACUUUCAAAGAGUACAAUCUCACCAGACAAAAUCCGUUCUGGUGGACGCAUCAGCGACACGACGGCAAACUCUGGAACUUGAACAACUACCGCACCGACGUCAUUCAGGCGCUCGGUGGCGUCGAGGGUAUCCUCGAGCACACGCUCUUCAAGGGAACGUACUUUCCCACUUGGGAAGGUUUGUUCUGGGAGAAAGCAAGUGGAUUCGAGCAAUCGAUGCAGUACAAGAAAUUGACGAACGCGCAGCGCAGUGGCUUAAACCAAAUUCCGAAUCGUCGAUUCACGCUCUGGUGGUCGCCUACGAUCAACCGCGCUAAUGUCUACGUCGGAUUCCAAGUCCAACUUGACUUGACAGGCAUCUUCAUGCACGGUAAAAUUCCUACGCUGAAGAUUUCGUUGAUUCAAAUCUUCCGAGCGCACUUGUGGCAAAAGAUCCACGAGUCCGUCGUCAUGGAUAUGUGCAACGUUUUCGACCAAGAACUCGACGCGCUAGAGAUUGAAACGGUUCAAAAGGAAACGAUUCACCCGAGAAAGUCGUACAAGAUGAACAGCUCUUGCGCCGACAUUUUGCUCUUCGCCGCGUACAAGUGGUCGAUUUGCAAGCCGUCGCUCAUGGGCGAGACAAACGAUUCUUUCGAUCAAAAGAGUUCGAACAAGUUCUGGGUCGACGUGCAGCUUCGCUGGGGUGACUUUGAUUCUCAUGACAUUGAGCGUUACACGCGCGCAAAGUUUUUGGAUUACACCACGGACAACAUGUCCAUUUACCCGUCGCCGACUGGGGUGAUGAUAGGCAUCGACUUGGCGUACAACUUGCACUCAGCCUACGGUAACUGGUUCCCUGGGUGCAAACCUUUGGUGCAACAAGCGAUGGCGAAGAUCAUGAAAGCUAACCCGGCGCUUUACGUAUUGCGCGAGCGCAUUCGUAAGGGUUUGCAGUUGUACUCCUCUGAGCCCACCGAACCGUAUCUCAACUCUCAAAACUACGGCGAGUUGUUCAGCAACCAAACAAUUUGGUUCGUGGACGAUACGAAUGUGUACCGCGUGACGAUUCACAAAACGUUCGAGGGUAACUUGGUGACAAAACCAAUCAACGGUGCUAUUUUCAUCUUCAACCCGCGCACUGGUCAACUCUUUUUGAAGAUCAUUCACACGAGCGUGUGGGCUGGGCAGAAGCGUCUCGCGCAGUUGGCCAAGUGGAAGACAGCAGAAGAAGUCGCGGCCUUGAUUCGCUCUCUCCCGAUCGAAGAGCAACCCAAACAAAUCAUCGUGACGAGAAAGGGUAUGCUCGACCCGUUGGAGACGCACAUGCUCGAUUACCCGAACAUCGUCAUCAAGGGAAGCGAGUUGCAACUGCCGUUCCAAGCGUGCAUGAAGAUCGAAAAGUUUGGCGAUCUCAUCUUGAAAGCCACUGAGCCGCAAAUGGUGUUGUUCAACAUCUACGACGAUUGGUUGAAGACAAUUUCGAGUUACACAGCCUUUAGUCGUUUGAUUUUGAUUUUACGAGCGUUGCACGUCAACAACGAAAAGGCAAAGAUGAUGUUGCGUCCUGACAAGAGUGUCGUGACGCUACCGCAUCACGUGUGGCCAGAUCUCACCGAUGAGCAAUGGAUCAAGGUUGAAAUCGCUUUGAAAGACUUGAUCUUGGCGGAUUAUUCUGCGAAGAACAACGUCAACGUCUCGGCGUUGACGCAAAGCGAGGUUCGCGACAUCAUUCUUGGCGCUGAAAUCACGCCGCCGUCUGUGCAGCGACAAGAGAUUGCCGAAAUCGAAAAACGUGGGCAAGAUGCCAACCAGCAGAUUGCCGUCACGACCAAGACUACGAAUGUGCACGGAGACGAGCUCAUCGUCACCACUACGAGUCCGUACGAACAAUCAACGUUCGGUAGUAAGACCGAUUGGCGUAUUCGAGCCAUCAGCGCGACAAAUUUACAUUUGCGCGUGAACCACAUUUACGUCAACAGCGACGACUUGAAGGAGACUGGAUACACAUACAUCAUGCCCAAGAACGUGUUGAAAAAGUUCAUCACUAUCGCCGAUUUGCGUACGCAGAUUGCGGGUUACAUGUACGGCGUUUCGCCGCCGGACAACCCUCAAGUGAAGGAGAUCCGUUGCGUCGUGAUGCCGCCUCAGUGGGGCAACCACAGCUCGGUGAAUUUACCGUCGACGCUCCCGGAGCACGACUACUUGAGCGAUCUCGAGCCGUUGGGGUGGAUUCACACGCAACCGAACGAGAGCUCUCAAUUGCAACCGCAGGAUUGCACGCAGCACGCCAAGAUUCUCGAGCAAAAUUCGUCCUGGGAUGGAGAAAAGAGCAUCAUCUUGACGUGCUCGUUCACCCCGGGUUCGUGCUCGUUGACGGCGUACAAGAUCACGCCCGCAGGGUACGAAUGGGGCCGCGCGAACAAGGACAUGACGAGCACAAAUCCGCAAGGAUAUGGACCCGGACAUUUCGAAAAGGUUCAAAUGUUACUCUCCGAUCGUUUCUUGGGUUACUACAUGGUUCCCGACGGCGGGUCGUGGAACUAUUCUUUCCAAGGCGUCAAGCACUCGGCGGGCAUGAAGUACGCACUCAAGCUCGGGAAUCCGCUCGAAUUUUACCACGAGCGACACAGACCGACGCACUUCCUCGAGUUCGCCGCGCUCGAGGCGGAGAAACCGGAAGAAACGGCACCGAUGGAUCGGGAAGACGUCUUUUCUUGAUCGAGACUUACAAGACCGUCCGACGACGAAAGAUUUGUAAAACAAUAAU